AUGGUUGUCAAAGUCGGAAUCAAUGGCUUCGGUCGUAUUGGUCGCCUUGUCCUUCGAGCUUCGUUAAACAAUCCAGGGGUUCAAGUUGUAGCUUUGAAUGACCCUUUCUUGGACCUUGAAUACAUGAUAUAUCUUUUUAAAUAUGACUCGACUCACGGUCGUUUUAAGGGCGUUGUUGAAGAUAGAAAUGGGAAAAUGGUUGUGAACGGAAACGAAAUAUCUGUUUUUUCUGAAAGAAAUCCUGCUGAGAUUAAAUGGGGUGAAGUUGGUGCUGAUUACAUUGUUGAAUCCACUGGUGUUUUCACAACUACUGAAAAGGCAUCAGCUCACUUGAAUGCCAAGAAGGUUAUCAUUAGUGCUCCAAGUGCUGAUGCACCCAUGUUCGUAGUGGGUGUGAACCUCGAUGCAUAUAAACCAGAAUACAAGGUUAUCUCUAAUGCCUCAUGUACCACUAAUUGUCUGGCUCCUCUUGCCAAAGUUAUCAAUGAUAAGUUUGGCAUCAUUGAAGGAUUAAUGACCACAAUUCAUGCAACCACCGCCACCCAAAAAACCGUAGAUGGACCAUCUGGAAAAGAUUGGAGAGGUGGAAGGGGUGCAGCUCAAAACAUUAUUCCGAGUUCAACGGGGGCAGCAAAGGCAGUUGGAAAAGUUAUUCCUACUUUGAACGGUAAACUCACUGGUAUGGCUUUCCGAAUUCCUACUGCUGAUGUUUCGGUCGUUGAUUUGACAGCUCGUUUGGCAAAGGAGACAACUUAUGAUGAGGUCGUGGCUGUCAUCAAACACGCGUCUGAAAACGAGCUGAAAGGAAUUCUAGGUUACACCGAUGAUCAAGUUGUAUCUACGGAUUUCAUUGGCGACACUCAUUCCAGUAUUUUCGACUCAAAAGCUGGCAUCCAAUUAAAUCCUACAUUUGUCAAACUUGUUGCUUGGUAUGAUAAUGAAUUUGGUUACUCUACCCGUGUUGUCGACUUGAUUGAAUACAUUGCCAAGGUGGAUGCCAACUGUUAA